AUGUAUCUUCGUUUAGUGCCAGAAGAUUAUAAACAUUGUGGAAGAACUCGUGAUCACACUAAAAGCUCUGGUGAAUCGACACCGGCGGAAAACGUGCUUUUAGAGAGCGGGCUCGUACCUCCUAGAACUAGCGACACCGAGAGUGCAGCAGGGCAGAGGUCGCGGCUGAGUCAGUCAGUAAGUCAGUUGAGCGCGCGCGUGCGGGCGGCGCUGCCCCGCGGCCGCGACCGCGUGCAGGCCACCGAGGCGCAGGACGUCGAGGAUAAGAAUGUAGCAGAAGAAAAAAAGGGGGUGGUCUACGCUGAGCUCGCGCUGGGGGAACAAAAUGCAGAAAAACCCCCUCCCCCAUCCACUGAAUAUGCAGAAAUAGUGUACACAGACCAACCCUCUGAAGUAAAGGAGAGUAAGGAG